AGUUUCAUGGAUAUAUUUUACGAAGAAGGGGAUAUUACAUCUCUAAUAUUGGAAGCUGCAUCAAAAGAGAACAUUGGAAUAAAAAGGACGCGACGCAAAGUCCGCAGGUUGCUUAAGCGUUGUGCUAAGGAUCUCAAAACAGAGACACGAAACAAACAGCAGAAGGCAGCUGCAAUACUUAUACGGUCGUUUUCAACUGAUAUAACUAGAUAUAUCUUCUCUGGACUUAAUAUAGACAGCAAGAAGACUCGGUUUCAGCAUGAACAAACUCAACUAAGUACCUGGAAAAAAAAGAACAAAUUUAAAGG